CAGCGAAAGUCUGAGGACCGGAUUGUAAUCCUCCGACCUCCCGGGGGGACAGACACACACAGUGGGAUGGACAGGUCCAACUCGUCGCUCUCGGAUUUUACGUAUUGGACUGGAUGAGGGACUGAUGGACCGAACAACACGUGUCUGCCCCAUAAACGUGGCACGCGCGAACUGACUGAACAUCAUAAGUAAAAAAAGACGGUUUAAUGGAAAUAUGUAUGACGGAGCUGCUCAUCCUCAGGAAACAGAAAUGGUGCAAAAACUUCUGCUCCACAUUGCUUUAGCAGCAAGCCUCCUCUCAACGCAGCUGUCUGGUGCCACAGCUACAAAAAUAAAAGAACAAGACUUUUCAUCUGUUGAAGUGAAGAACAACUCAGGUGUGACCCCAGCUGGAAAGUGUGGCACCUGGUUAAAGGAGCCUGAUGGAGGGUGUUUCACCUCACCCAACUACCCUGAGAAGUACCCACCUGAGAGGGAGUGUGUCUACAUAAUAGAAGCAUCUCCUCGACAGAUCAUCGACUUAUUCUUCGAAGAGAAGUACUCCAUCGAACCUUCCUGGGAGUGCAAGUUUGACCACAUCGAGGUACGGGAUGGGCCGUUUGGUUUCUCGCCCAUCAUUGGCCGCUACUGUGGGCUGGAAAGUCCUGCGUACGUCCGGUCCAGCGGGAGGUACCUGUACAUCAAGUUUGUGGCUGAUGGUGAACUGGAGGCCAUUGGUUUCUCGGCCAGGUAUAACUUCACACAAGAUCCCGAGUUCAAAGGGCUUGGAGCACUGCCAGCUCUGCCAUUCUGUAAUUUUGAGCUGAGCAGUCCAGAUGGCAUCAUAGAGUCGGUACAGAUAGCGAGGGAUGCCAAUGUCCUGCAGACGGAGGCUGUGGACUGCAGGUGGUACAUCAAGGCUCCUCCCAGAGCUAAGAUCUACUUGCGCUUUCUGGAGUACGAGAUGCACAACUCGAAUGAGUGCAAGCGUAACUUUGUUGCCAUCUACGACGGCAGCAGUUCGGUCGAGCACCUGAAGAAUAAGUUCUGCUCCACGGUGGCCAACGAUGUCAUGCUGGUGUCCUCCGUGGGCGUGGUUAGGCUGUGGGCAGACGAGGGGAGCAGAAAAAGCAAAUUCAGGAUCCUCUUCACAACUUUCCACUCCCCUCCGUGUGAAAGCGACACUUUCUUUUGCCAUAGCAACAUGUGCAUCAACCACACUCUGGUCUGCAACGGCAUUCAGAACUGUGUUUACCCCUGGGAUGAAAAUCACUGUAAAGAGCAGAGGAAAGCAAGCAUCCUGGACACGCUGGAUAACACUAACAUCGCCAUCAUUGCAGUGACUUGUGGUCUGGUUGUCAUCUUGCUCAUCAUCUCUUGCAUUAUCCAGAUCAAACAGCCUCGAAAGAAAUACAUUAUCCGCAGGGAUGACUUUGACCCUGCACUCCUCCAUCCCGGUUUUGAGCCUCCACACUACGAGCUCUGUACUCUGCGCCGUGACCCCUCCGGCGACCUGACCGACGCUGCACUGGCUGAGGACUUUGAGAAGUUCCACAAGCUCCGCCGCUCAUCAAGCAAAUGCAUUCGCGACCACCAUUGUGGCUCCCAGCAGGGGAGCAUGCACGGCAGUGUACAUGGAAGCCGCAGCAACCUAAGCAUGAGGGAUGGCAACAUUGCGGGUGACGGGGGGGCUCAUGUGCCGCCAUUGCCGCCAGUGAUGCCAAGCCAACAGUCGCCGCGCCUCUCCCACCACACCACCCCUGCAGGUCAACGUAGCAUCCUAGUGAUGAAGCAUAGCUACUCUCAGGACGGGGCAGACAGGUACCGACCGGAGGAGGAGGAUGAGUUGAUGAUGAAUGAUGGUCCCACCACCAGCCAGCACCACAUGCACCAUCAUCACACCCACCAUGGCAUGUCAGGGCUGGAUCACACUGUCCACCGUACACUGUCUAAUGACUUUUGAAUGUAAGGCAACAUGGAUAUAAAGAAAAUGGAAAAGAAUAAACACGACACAAAUAGGACUAUAUGAAAGGGUUAAAUAACAGGGAUUAACUGAUAAAUAAGUAAGAGAUGAUCACCUUCCUUUUUUUUGUGGUUAAAACCCCUCAAUUUUAAUUUCCCUUUAAAAUUUUUGUUUCAGUUUAUUUGUUCAAACGAAUGUUGACCAUUACAGAUAACAGAUGUUCAGUUUAUGUUAUUAUUAAAUUGUAUGAAACAGGAAUUCAGUACAUUGUGAAACAAACCUUCUUCAGUGAAAAUAAUCCUUUAGCCAAAAAACUGUAGGGGCAACCGAUGCACAUGUUGAAUGUUGCUCUGCUAUGACGAUAAGACUCUGUGCAUAAUAGUGGCCCUGAAGAAGACUGAUGUAUUUCACAGGCUAGAAUCAAAUCAUUAAUAUGUGCAUGCACUGACACAUUUUUCACCCAUUUUUCUCUUCCUUGUUUAGUUUGAAGUUUCAUCUCUGGUUAGAUUUUUUUUUAUGUGUGCAUCAUAUUCAGAGCUAGUUUGUGAAUGAAUGAUGCAUUGCAGUUUCCUAUCAGCUUGGAUGUAGUUCUUCUGUAAUUCACAUUUAUAAAUAAUUUCAUCAAAAUGCAUCUAGAUUUAUUUUAAGGACAGCAUAUAAUGGAGAAAUAUAAGUCAGCACACAUAGAUAUAUUUUCAUGUUAAGGGCAUGAAAGAAAUCAGGCUUAAUUUCAUUAAUUUAUAGGAAAACUUGGAGCUCUUAUUUUCUGUUGCUUGGUGAAUGGUUUCAUUAUUUAAUUAUGCAUUUUGUGUUUGUUUUGGAGUAUUUUCUGAUUUGUAUUAAUGUGUGUCAGUUUUUCACUCAUUUUCCCCAUCCCACGUUUUAUUUAUGUGGAUUCUCUAUUUAUUUGUGUCAUUAAAUAUUGUUUUUCUUUCCCCUUAA